GACAUUAGGUUAAAAUUCCACUCUCCUGUCUACAUCCAAAGGAUCAAAUCAAAUUGGAUGCAGACUAAACUAGGAAGUGCCGAAAAUAACCCUAAAGAGUUGCCAAACUUUGUAUUUUUAAAUGAUCCAUUCAAUUCCAGCAAAUUCCAGUCUUUUUGCAAUUGCUUUUUGAGACAUUCUUUCUCAGAAACAGUCGUCUUCUACGUCAAUCCCUGUUUCAUUUUCUUUACCUCCCAAGGCACAAACAGAUUUGUUGAAUCACCUACAUUAGCUUUAUACUUUUCGUCCUUCACUCGUUCACACCCGCGGCUAUGACUCAAUCAUCUCUCCAUUUCAUUUCAUUUGCCCCAAUUUCUCGACACCCAAACACUUUCUUCCACAAAUCUUCUAAUUUUUCGAUCUCCGAAUCAAUUGAGUUGAUUCUAAUCCAUCUUCUUCAAGCUUAUGUGUAAAACUAAAAUGGCAGUUAAUGCAACUGAGCCGAAAUUGACCCGCUCUCGAAAUUCAGGUACCACAAGAACCUCCAUCAACACACCCUCCAGCAAGCCUCAGUCUCCAAGACCAUCUGCUCCGAUCUCCGAUCCUUCCUCCAGCAACGUUGAUUACAGCAGCACCGGAUCGAGCUACAAACUAGACACGUCAAGAGCAACAACUUCAUUUUCAAGCAGAACAUCCUUAUCCAGCCUCCGUGAUUCGUUGCCGGAAAACCCUUACAUUUACGAUUUCGCUGAAAUUCGCUCCGCCACCAACAACUUCCUAGCCAAACGGCACUCCUCCUCGUCGUCCCCUUCUUGGAGGUGCACUCUCCGAGACAAGGACGUCGUCGUUUUCCAGCGCAAGAUUCGCCGUUCGAUCGAGACGUCGGAGUUGAAACAGCGGCUGUCCGUGAUUUGUUGGAGCCAUUCUAAGAGUAUAAUUAAGCUCCUAGGCGCUUCGAUCUCCGGCGACCACAUUUACCUUGUUUACGACUUCGUGAACGGCGCGAACCUCUCGGACUGUCUACGAAACCCUAGAAACCCAAAUUUCACGGUGCUUUCGGGUUGGAUGUCGCGAAUGCAGAUCGCGGCUGACCUCGCGCAAGGCUUGGAUUACAUACACAAUAACACGGGAUUGAGCAUGAGCUUCGUGCACAAACACGUCAAAAGCAGUAGUAUAAUCGUGACGGAACCGUUGUUCAAUGCCAAGAUCUGUCACUUCGGCGCGGCGGAGCUCUGCGGGGAGACCGCAAUUGAACAGAGAGAGGUUAAGAUUGUUGAAAGAACUGGCUCCGAUGAGAUCACGGAAGAAGACGCGCCGAGAACGCCGUCGAAGUUGAAGAGAUCGGACAGUCGAGGGUUGCAAUUCGAAGGCGUCACAGGCUAUAUGUCGCCGGAGUUCCAGUCCACCGGAAUCGCGACGCAGAAGUCCGACGUGUUCGCGUUCGGAGUUGUAAUAUUGGAGCUAUUGUCCGGUGAAGAGCCGGUGAAGUUCAGGUUUGACAGGAGGAGUGGCGAUUAUAAAAAAAGAUCAGUGAUUGAUACGGCAAGAGAUGUGGUCGAAGACGACGGCGGCGGCGGCGGAGGAGGAGAGGCGGUGGAGGGGAGACUGAGGAGGUGGGUGGACAAGAGGCUGAAGGACUCGUUCCCGGUGGAGGUGGCGGUGAAAUUAACACGUGUCGCGCUGGAUUGUGUACACGUGGAUCCAGAUAAGAGGCCAACCAUGCGACGCGUGGUGGGGAAGAUAUCAAAGCUCUAUCUAGAGUCGGAGGUUUGGUCUAAGAAGGUUAAAGUUCCUGUGGAUAUUUCGGUCUCUUUGGGCCCUCGAUGACGAAUACUCAUACGUUGUAUCUUUUUUUGUUUUGGCUGGAACAAAAAAAAAAAAAUUUAUUCUGGCGGCUAUAUUUAAAUUGAUUUUAAUAUGAAUAAUAUGUAGAGAAUUCUAAUUAUUUUAUAAUUUAUUUUAGUUAUCAAUUUUUAUAUUACUUUGGGAGAUCCAA